GAUACGGGAACCGCUUACGUGUGGGGCAGCAAUGAUUCGCAACAGUUGGGUCCCGAAGCGGUGGUAGUCGCCGGUCAGACGUACUGUUAUCCGCACCCCAUUAACGGCAAGAAACGGCUCGCCUGUCGAACAGUGAUCUGCGGCCCCAACCAUACGAUAGUGAAGACGGUAGUGGAGGUCGCGAAGGGUAGUGCAAGUGUUGUCCACGUGUACGGCAAUUACGACUGGAAACCCGACCGCAAUAAUGCCCACGAGUUUGACACCUGUUUAGCGAAACAAAACUACAACAAGAUUGACACCACUUAUGACAAUCGGGUAGUGAUUGCGACCAAAUGGGAUCGACAGCUAAAACGAUUGAAUCAAUUCAUUCUCGGCAAACAUAACGGUUCGGAGAUUUGUAUUCCCAUUGAUAUACCGAUCGGUUGUUCACUGUUUGACGUUUGCGCCAAAUAUUGUGGUUAUAACCGAACUUUUGAAUCGAUUGUGGAUUCAAUUGAAACGUCAAUAUCAUUGAUGGAAAGCUGUUCCCAAAGCGAUGAAGAGAUCUAUUGGUCUGAAGGAGAAGAAGACAACGAUUUAGUCACUGAAGCAAUCGGUUCACACGUUGAGUGCAAGAGUACGGGUUGUUGUGAACGGAAUGUAAAAAACAAAGAGUUUUGGAGAAUAUGUGAACAAAAUAUGAUUAAUGAAAGUGAGAUCGAAAUCAAUGCCUAUUCUUAUGACACAAUUAAAGCGUUCCUCAAGUUUUUGUAUGGAUUGCGACCCGAAGUGAAUGACCAGAACUGUCGACAACUGUUAGGUUUGGCUGAAGAGUACGGCGAACGCGGACUCGAAGACAUUUUCGUAGCCCUCGUCUCAGCCCAUGAUUUGGAGUCAAUCGCAAGAAAUGUGUUGAAAGACAUUUCUGUUAAUUUGGAUUCAAACCAAACUUUGAAUGAAUUUCUGUCCAAAACUUCAAUCAAUAAAAGACCCGAAACUCAACUCAAAGCAAACGACGGAUUCCUUAUAGUGGAGGGAAUCGGAGCCAUCGGUGCCCUCAAAGUGACCGUCAGUUCUGGCAAAAAGUCUUUGACGAUUAGCAAUGUCUACGGCUUGGGUGCGGGCGCUGUGCAAGACAUUAAUGGCGGUAAAAAUGGCCGCAAAAAUGUGGACGAAAAACAAGAAGUGAAGACAAUUACCGAACCUUUAUAUAAGAAAUAUAUGAAAUCGUUGUCAACGAAGGAAUCUUCUAAUGGUCUAUUGGUUUUGGCCGAAGGACUGAACGCUGGGGAGGCUGUGAUCGCCACCCGUGAGGGUUGGCUCGACGUUAAGGGCGCCUCCGGUUUCAAACUCGGAUCCUAUACUGAGAUCUCAACGAGUGGUUAA